GCCGGUUGUCGCCGACUUUCAAUCGCAUUAUGUCCGAGCAACUGGAGAGCAACAAUGCUAGUGAAAACAAUAACACCUAUAAUAACAACAAUAAUAACAACAGCAUAAAGGAUGUGCGACUCCUACUGCUGCCAGAGACGACUCCUUCGGCUGGCAGUCCUUCGAGUGCCGUUUCCCGGGCUCAAUUGCACAAGAUUUUCAUUGAUGACCUGACGCGAACCGGAGACGUUGGCCAUGUGAUGAGGAAGCGAGUGCGGCGGGUGCCCUGGUUUAUUUUGCUCAUGUGUUUUAUGCAGAUAUCGCUGCAUUGGAUUGGCAAUGAGUGCAUGCAAAAAAGACUGAUUUUUAAGAUGGAGUGGAACGGCGAGUACUGGCGACUACUGACCUAUAUGCUGCUCCAUUCCGAUUAUUGGCACCUGAGUCUCAACAUUUGUCUACAGUGCUUCAUUGGCGUCUGCCUGGAAGUGGAGCAGGGUCACUGGCGCCUGGCCGUGGUCUAUGUCGUGGGUGGCGUCGCCGGUGCGCUGGCCAACGCCUGGCUGCAGCCGCAUCUCCUCCUGAUGGGCGCCUCCGCCGGGGUCUACGCCAUGCUGGGAAGUCAUGUGCCGCACCUGGUUCUGAACUUUUCGCAGUUGUCGCACCGCUUCGCCCGCAUCGCCGCCCUCUUGAUUCUGUUUCUCAGCGACGUGGGCUUCACUGUACACCACUUUCGCCACAACCACAAUCGCAAUCCACGGAUCUCUCUGGAGGCCCACAUCGGCGGGGGCGUGGCCGGAAUUCUGUGCGGCUUUCUCGUCUACCGGCGCGUCCAGCCAUCAACUCAAAAGGCCAUUUACUUGUAGUCUCAAAUUAGAUGAGUAAUUGUUAACACAACAUACUAUAUAGUGUAAGCAUAUUUCAUUGUGAGUCAGUUUGGGUUUUAAUUACUUUAUCGCCCUUUAUAACAAGCUCCAAUCUUGCCUGGAUCUAAUCUUUAUGUGUUUUAAAGAACCAACAUUUAGUUAACGCUAAUUCAAAUGUCAUAUGAGAGCAAAGAUUUUUGUUUUACUUCACACCAGGCUUAAAUCGUAAAUAUUUUUAUAUUUUGAAUUAUCAAGCAACAUAAUUUAAUGCCAACUCAUUUUUAAAAUAAGGUCAAUGUCCAAUAAAGAUUUAUAUCAGAGUUAUAUACAUAUCUAGAAAAUAUUAUUUAUUCAAAACAAAAUGCUCUGAAGAAUAAAAUUGUUGGUUGAACUUUUAUUUGAAUAAUUAAGUAAACCAAUUUGAUUUGUUAUUAUUUUGAAAGCAUAUUUGUUCCUUAUUAAGUUCUCCGCAAUUAUUCUGUUUAUUUCUUUUAUGGACUGUUGCUAUUGUUUGGUCACAAAAUCCGUUGUAAACUUAUUAUUCUUUCUUUCGAAUAUGCGUACUUUCUGUGUUAUGAAUAAACAUUAAUUUUACACCUCAUAAAAGGCCAUGUUUUAUUGCUGGUUUUUAUGUGCUGUUCAGUUGCUGUUCAAUUAAUUGGCCCACACUUGUUAGGUGAAUGGCUUCUCUAUUGAUUAAAUUAAUUACUCAUCGAGUGGUUUUGGAAAUUCAUGACAUCGUAGACAGGAAUGCAGAAUUUUUAAUUCAUAAAUGUUUUGUGGCACAUAUCGAUGCGUUUCAAUUAGUUACUUGUCAAAUUUGUCAACAAGGCUAAACAAAAAUUAAUAUUUAUAACUCAUUUACGCAUUUAAUGUUGCAUAUUAAAAGGAUUUUGUUUUGAUUUAAUUAGCAGCAAUUAAAACCAAAACCAAAUAUAAUUGUGUCAACUUAAGUUGCGGCUUUUCAUUCAUCAUUGUUAUUAUUUGCUA